AUGAUCCUUUCGGUCAACAUAACUCUCGUCCCUCUGUGUGUUGACUUUACCAGUCCAGGAGACUAUUUCCUUUUUAUUUUUCACAUCUCGGCCGGGGUGAGCACCAUCCUUGUGGCCGGUUCCGUGGCAUGGGGCAUCGUUAACACGCGUUCACUGUUAAGACAAAAUCGGUUUAUAUUCAUGCUGAACACGUCUAUCUGUGAUACACUGACGGGCUGUAGUAUUUUCUAUCAGUACCUGUUCGAUGUGCAGACGGGCUUCCCUUCUAAAAAUGGGACGUACUACAUUUUACCCUCUCUUCUUGGAGUUAAUAUCAUGACAUUUCUAUUCGCCCAGUUUGAUCGAUAUUUUGCCAUUUGUCAUCCAUUCUUUUAUGGUCGCUUCAUCACCGCGAAAGUGGUUAUAUGUGUCAACGUGUACAGCUGGGUGCAUGUAUACGGCCAGUUGUUCAUACAGCACAUGGUGCCACUUUCUAAAGCCAUAGACCUCGCAGUAUACAGCAGAAUCAGUUUGCAGGUUAUAAUUAUCACAAAAGUAUUCAUGACAGUUAAGCUGCUCAUUGUGACUAAGAACCAGCUGCUGCGAGAGCCGCCGGGCCCGGAGAGAGACAGUAAGAAAGAGUCUUUGUUGAUCGUAGUGGUGGUUGUGGUGUUUUUUCUGCUGCUGUGGGGCCCAUCCGUGCUCUACACGGUUGUGUCUUCGCUGACGGGUAAAUAUCUCGACAUCAAAAACGACGCAUUAAACCCAAUGAAAAUUUUGUCCAGGAGCAACGCUCUGUGUACUCCGUCCCUCUACCUGUGGGCGAGCCCUUCGCUCAGGGAGGCCGUGUGGAAAACGGUGUGGAGCAAAGUCUGCUGCUGCAAACGGCCCAAACGGUUGGUGGGGCAAAUCACUUGA